AUGCAUACUCUGGGGAGGAUUUCAACUUUGAGAGUAGUGAUCUCUAUCAAUAUCAUCAUAUCUGCUUCAACAUAUAGUUCAUCUGUGAACAGAAAGCAGAGGAUGCUUAUACCUCCUGCAGAAAGUAACACUUUUCUGUGCAUACCUGUGGAUACAAAGGCUGUGCUCCUUUGUCCUCCUGACAUCCCCACAGCUUUGGUGGUAACAUGGACAAUAAGCCCCAGAGACCAGCCUCCCUGCACUAGAGCCUACAGGAGAGACAACAAUGAGACCAGUGAAAGAAACUGUACUGAUGCGAGAAUAUCCUGGAAGUCCAGACCUGAUCAGAAUCCUGCCCUUCAGAUUGACCCCGUGGCCAUCACUCAUGACGGAUAUUACAGGUGUGAAGUGGCUGCAGCUGAUGGGCAUUUCGGUCAUACACAUUGCCUCCGUGUGUUAGUGCCCCCCAAGGUGACCCUGUUUCGAGGCAGCAAUGGAACUAUCAUGUGCAGGGCAGCUGCAGGGAAGCCAUCUGCACAGAUCUUCUGGACCCCGGGGGGAGAUUGUCACACUGAGGAAGAACCGCUGGGCAAUGGUACAGUGACCGUCCAGAGUACAUGCCACUGGGAGGGCCGCCAGGUGUCUACUGUGUCCUGCUCUGUCUCCCAUGUGACUGGCAACAAGAAUCUGUCCUUCAACUUGAACUUCAACUUGAACUUCAAUUUGAAUCAAGGUGUCAUAACUCUGGAAUUUCUAGCACCGGACUUACUGAUCAUUCUCUAUGUGAAAUUCUCUCUGUUCUUGGUUAUCCUGGUCACCAUGGGAUUCAUCUACUUCAAGAGAGCAAAUGUUUGCAGAGAUUAUGAAACAGAUGUAACUUCAGAACAUAAUAAUCAUGGGUAUAAGAGCUAUCUCUGUGAUAGUUCCAGAAAAAUUGCUGGUUGUAUAAAACUGAAGGAUACUAUUCCUAUCCAAAACAUGCUUUCUUUGGCAGCCUCCCCAGAAGACUGUGAAGUCAUAGUGCAUAAGCUAUCCAACUCCUACCUCUGCAGGACGGUAGAACAGACUCAAGACUUGCCAAUUGCAGCUGUUCUCAGGCGAGGGCUGUCUCUGGCCGGUGGAAAUCAGCAGACACACUGGCAGUGCACACACCUACGCUGGGGGAGCUGCAGAGCUUCCCUCUUCAGGAGGUUGUCAAGCUUGCAGAUGAGGCAAUUCGUGUUCUCCCAGUCACUCCGAAUCUUUGCUUAA